UCUUCUUGCCUUGCCUCUGACUGGUUGCUUUGCUUUACCUGAUAUGACUUUAUCAUCUUUGACAAGAUCCACAUCCUCAGAUUCUGAAACAUAGAAUUGAUCAGAAGUGAUCGGGCUAGUUUCUCAAAAAAAAUGGAGAUGUGAUAUGAUGACAUUAUGAGUGGGACCGUCCACUCACAGGCUCAGAGUUCAGACAGUGAUAGUGAAGAAAUGGCAAUACCCAUAGUCAGCGAUGCUAACGCAUUUGUAACCCUUGAGGGCAAGAAACCGAUUCGUAUAGAAGAUGAAUCUGGAGUGAGUGAGGGAAAUCAAAAUGUUCCAGAGAAUAGCUGUCAGGAUGCGCAACAGCUCCGUGAGGAUGGUAUCAGUCUGGAUCAAGCCCUGAGGAUAAAAAGUCCAACACUUACUCUUGUUGUCACUCCUUCUCCCCAAGAGAAUGACUUACAGCCAGAGAGAGCAGCACCUACCACGCCUAGAAAAUCUGAGAGCAGAUGGAAACAAAACACUACAGGAACCCCAAGAAAAAAUACCAGAAAGCAGGCAGAACCAAAGAGAUCCAUUGAAAAAAAGACAGAUAGUUAUGGAAAGCAAAAUCUUUCUGUAAGAAAGGAAGUCAUAACAAUGUUGAAAAAUGAAGGAAUUCUCAUUGAUAAUCAGCUUUAUAAACUUUCUCCAGUGAAGAACUCAGUGAAGUUGCCUAAUGAUAUUCACGGUAGUGGCAGUAUGGAUAGGCCACCUGAGCUGCAGAAUUGCAAAUAUUCAGAUCCUGAAGCAUACUCUGGUGCCCAGCCCACAAAUACUGGGGCUUUUGAUAAUACUCAAGAUCGAGAUUUUGGGGCUCAUGGUUUUGCUCCAGGUCCUGAACAUGGGGCUUGUGCCUAUUCUCAAAGUUCUGAAUACAUGGCUCAGUAUAACCAGCAUCAAACCCUUGAACAAACAGGAGAAAAAAGCCACACAUAUCAAGUAACUCAACAGGAUGAAGAGCCUUUAGAUUUGACCAUGAAACCACAAGAUUUAUCAAAAGAAUCAGUAAAUGUCAGUCCAAUCACUAGCUGUAGAGAAACCACAUCUACAGAAUUUCAAGGUCAUACCUGUUGUCAAGAACAAAACAAUCCUGCCAGGGAUUGCCAACCAAAUCAAAAUUUACAAUCAAUUAAUUCUGAUUUUGAUGAUGGAGAUUCAAUCACUUCUGAGGUAAUGGAUGUUGACACAGUUGAUGAUCAAAAGAUAAAACCGCGAUCUGGGUCGGUCACAUCAGAAAUUGGUCAUCUUGACAUCACUGGUGACUAUAGAGAACUUACGCUUAUGGAUGAGGGUCGAAAUAUGCAGAAUGGUGCUACAUUUCAUGUUGCACAAGAGCGGAGGAAAUAUCAUACAAAAGAUUUCACUUCAAAGCAGUUGCAAAUUUUAAGAGCCUUCUUUCAGGCAAGGACGUGCAGAGCUUUAAGUCAUAGCAAUGCUACUGUGACAGCAGUGGCUGAAGAAAAUGAUGGAAAUCAGUUGGAUAAAUUGUCUUUACCAUCAAUUCCUGUAACUGUGACUGCUUCUACACAAGAUGAAGAGGAUAUAAAACCUAAAUUACCUUUGGAACCCACACCAAGGCCUACAGUGAACACAGACAUACCUUCCACUUCUGCCUUGGCGGCAUUACCAGAUUUGAAUAAUUUAGGAUUAACAAAUGAAUCUGGAGCUCUUAAGGAAUCAGAAAUCAGUAAUGCCCAAAAUUACAUACAAAGCUACUUGGCAAGUAAAAAAAAUGAAAAGAAAUAAUGUUAAGUGUGGGUGAAUGUGCUCUAAAACAAUAUCACCUCUUUGAAAAUAAUAAAUCAUUUUUGCAUGAAUGAAAGAACUUUCGAGUAUAACUACGAGUCACUUUACUGCAAGUGCAACCUAAAUUAUGGUAUGUUCUACAUUUGGGAACAAUUUAUUACUUUCUUUGGCAUUGAACUGUGUGACUUGUUCAUAUGCCAUUUUUGUCUUUUUAUUAAAGCAUGAUAUACGCAUGCUGACAAGGUUGUGUGUAUUAAUUUCUUUAGUGUUAUUAGUGUCAAGAGGAACACUUCAUUUGAAGGUUUUGCGCAUGUAUUGUCAAGGAGUCAAGCAACUUUGCAGUUUAACACAUUUUAUAAUUACUGCAGUGCAUAAAGAAUAUAAUAUCUUUAAGGAUAUGACAUUCGGAAAUACGUUUAAAAUGAACUUCAAACCAGUAAAGAAACAUUUAUCAAUCCAAGGACUGUGAUUAAUUUAAUUUUCAGCUAAUUCUUCACUGAGGAAUUACCAAACGAAACACAGCAUUGUUGACUGCUUUGUGGAAACAAGUUUUAACUUUGUGAGAAAAAAAGUUUGAAUUGCGUAAUUUAUUGGACAGUGAAUUUUACCUGAUCCCAUACUUAAAAUGCUCCGAACUGGAACUUGAUAAAUGAUGUUGAGCUCAUUAACUGCUGUUUAGUUUGGAGAUUGAAUCAUGUGUAAUUUUGACCUUUUUGGGACCAUAUUAUUUCAAUACAUUCGCAAAAUAUAAUUGGUAUUACCUGUACCAGGGGUAUAUAAAAUUGUUACCUGAUUUACUGAACAAUGUGACAUUACUUUUGAAUGACCUGUUAUAAAACCUUUCAACUUUUAUGCACAUUGGACAUGGCCAGUAGAUUGCCAAUUUCAAUUUUCUUAAUUACACAUUUGUUUGUUAGAAACUGUUGUUAAUUAAUUUAGUAUGGCCAUAUUUGUGAAAGGUUGUUUGUGAAAUAUGCUGAUUUCAGUGUGUUUGUUUAUGAAGUUAAUUGUAAGUUAAUUGUAAAUAUUUGUCUUAUAUGAUACAUGAACCUGGCAGAUUUUUUAUAUUAUUAUUAUUCAAGAUAUUUUUGUGCUUAAGCACAUAUUGAACCUUGAACACAAUAAGCUUGUCUGAUUGAUAACUAGCGUAAGCUUGGGUCUACAAAUCUCAAACUUGUUAGGGAGGUUUGUCAUGACCAGCCGAUGACCCCUAUUAAAUUUUUGGUCAGUAGGUCACUUGAACCGUGGCAAUAACUAAAAAACGUUCCAAGAUAUUCAAACAGAAUUUAGUAUACAUUAACAUGUUGCCAGAGACCAAACACGCAUGUAAUUAAAACAAAAACCAUAACUUUAAAGAACCAAACUGGUUUGAAUAACUCGGGUUAUGCCCGGUGUUUGACAAUAAAAAGUCUAACUCAACUGAGAAUUUGCAUUUGUUCUGCAGUGCUCUGUUUAUGGCCUGCUUCUCCAGUUUCCAUUUAAUUAUUUGCAAUCGCUCCCUCACGGUGACUGAUGGGUAAGAUAUUAAAGGCUAUCAGUCCAUUUAGGCAACAUACAUGUUCUUUUAACGUGUUUCAUUGUAUAAUUUUUGUUUUAAUGCAGUGAAUUAGUGCACUUAAGUGUUGCUGGACUGUAUAUAAUUGUUGAUAAUUAUUACUCUGAUUAUUUUGAAAUGUAACAGUUAUACAAUACUCACCAUGUGCUUGUUUGACUGCCACAUUAUAUAGAAGAGGAUAAUUGUUUCAGUGUAAGAUAGCAAUGUAUUUCGUCAAGUGAGCACUGAAAGGUAUAUUUCACGAGUGGCAAUUUUCUUUUUAUUGUAUGUAAAAAAAAAAUGGAUUUAAGAGCCAUUUAAAUAUACUCUUUUUUUUUAGAAAAAAUGCGUAAAUUUGUGUGUGCACAUAGUCAUUUCUGAAAUGACAUUGUUUAAAAUGUGUCCCAGCCCUGUGUGCACUCACGUUAUAUUUGGAACUGAGAGUGGGCUGAAAUUUCAAAACAGUGAAAAAAAUCCAUUUGAUAUUUUCACUGUUUGAAACCGAGAAAUAUCCAUUCUAUUUCACUGAUAAAUUCUAUAAACUACUGGCGAGCAUUCUGUAGAAUGUUGUUUUUUGUUAUAACUUAUAAAGUACUUUUUUAUUUGUAUACAACAGGAUCUUAGGUGAGUUGCCAUUUAAUUCAAACAUUAAGGUAACAAUUUAUGGGAAAGGAUCAAAUGUAUGAUUUUUUAUCACAUGACACAUUGGUUGCCAAAAAUGAAGCAUAUAUUUAUUUUUCAGUAAAAAGUAGAAAAGUGGAAGUUAUAUUACACUUUCGUUAUUCAAGAAAAUACAUAAUAGUUGUAUAACACUCCAAACAAUGAGCGUCAUGUGAUAAAUAAUUAUAUCUCAUAUUUAUUUAGAUGAUUUCAUUGUUGUUUUAAACAAAUUUAUGUUAAAUAUAUUUUAAGACCACCAAUCCAGUCCAGUAUACUGAAUGUAUCCAUGACACAAACAGAUUAAGGGCCAGCUACUUUAUUUACAGUACAAGAAGCAUGAUUUACACAUCAUAUUUCUGGCCUAAAUAUUUUUUUAGGAUAAGACCCUAUUCAUGGCUCAAAGUUAAGCUGCCAAUGUUGAAAAACUAAAUGGGAGAAAACUUUAUAAAGUUAGAAUGGCAGACUAAUUUGGCCCCUUAUUUCUUGAAUAUAAAAAUUUGUGUCUUAGUUGUCGAUGACAAAAUUGCUUGUCAAAAUAAGGAGACGCUGGUCAGUUUACCAGUAUCUUUAUAUUUUAGCCAAAUUUUAUCGUUGUGCAUGUUAACAGUCUGACCUACAUAUGCUACUGGCUAGCACAUUUUAGUCAUAUUUCUAGUUAUUGUUAAGUUUAUUGACCUGACUUAUAUCUUAUAUUUGCAUAGGUCUACAAGUAUAAGAUAUUUCUUUAUCUGAUCAAUUUAAAUUGUCGAAUAAUUUGUGUGUUGUUCAAAUAUAUUAAUAGAGUUUAGAAAACAUUUAGUAAUAAAUUCCAGAUUGAGUCAUCAAUUUUAUUUAAUAAAUUUGUUAAUGGUGUACAACAUAAUCUCCCUUAAAAAGGAUGAUUGAUUUUCUGUUUUGAAUUUUUAAAAUGGAGUGGAUAGACUGUUAUAUUUAUUUUUAAAGUGUUGUUGUUUAUGUGGAUAAACAAAUUUUAAAUAUUGUAAAUAAGAUUUUAGCAAAUAAAUUUUUUUGUAAACAAAAAAGAGGUUGAUCUGAGGUUACAUUCAACCAUACGAUAAUGACAAACAAAUCGCCUCCCAUCCAACCUCAAACAGAAAUUCUGUGUAAAUUUAAAUCACUUUUAUAUGUUAUACAUAUAUAUCUUCAUUAUAUUCAUUUUUACAAGAUUUUAAGUCUUGUUGUAUGUUUCUCAUGUUCAUUAUGGUUUUGAUUUGUCGAUUUGAAGAAUUCUUUUAACCAAAAAAGUCCAAAUAUAACUUGAGCUUUUGUUAAGUGUUAUUGAUUGCUGUGCAAUUCACAGAAUGCAGGCUCUUCAGUGCUGUCCCAUAGAAAAACUGGACAAAGAGAUUUUCAACAAGAAUGAAAAAUUUUAAUGGGGAUUUUUUUUCAUGAUAAAAGUAGAAAAAGAUGGAUUUCUUCCUCAAUUUUAGAAUAUUUCUAUUGAAUUUCAUUACUUACAUUAAAUUACAUUGUAUCAAUGUCUUUGACCUGCUUUAGUAAAACUUGGAAGACCAUUAGAUCUUUAUAAAAGUUAAGUUGUUCAAAAUGUCAUAGAAAUCAGUCCACUUGACAGUUCAGUAUGUAUUACUUGAAUCAACCGAAACAUGGUGUUUUGAUGCAUAAAAAAAGAUUACUGAUAUAAAAUCAUCUAUCUUGACUAAAAGUAGAAAAAUAAGUUUUGACCUAAAAGAUUUCAAGAAGUGCAAAAAGUAGGCUUGCUCGAAAGCCUAAGAAUAUUUUUUAUGAAAAGAACAAGUUAUUGAACUACAAAGUACCUGUGGUAGAUCUGUUUGUAAUAAAGUUUUAUUUGGUUAUUAUUCUUCAAAAUGACGAUAGUUUAUGUCAGGUUGCAGUGUAAAUAAUGUCUGGUUGAUUUCUGAGAAAUAAUUGCUUUUGUACUAAUAAUUUAAUUUUGUAUUAAGUUUUCUGUAACAAUAACUAUUAAAACUUUCAUUGAUAAA